AUAUUCAGGUCACAUGACGAUGGCAGCAGGAGCAGCACCAGCAUCCCCGCUUCACUGAAAAAGCCACUGGAGAAGAAGGGGAAGGAGAGGGGGGAGAAGAGGAUACAGGGAAGAAAGAGAGAGGUAAAAGCAGAGCCUCAUAGCCCACCGUUCUUGCGCCAGCGGCAGGCUAGAAAAGUAGGGGGGAGACCCACCCCCUUGGGAGAGGAUUCGGAGACAAAGGAAGCUUCAUGUUCAAAGGGCCAGUGGAGAGCAAAAACGAAGCAGCCAUGUCUGAGCUGGUCCCAGAGCCACGACAAAAACCAGUCGUACCAAUGAAACCCAUGGGCAUUAACGCCAACUUGCUGGGCUACAUCGGUAUUGACACCAUCAUUGAGCAGAUGCGCAGGAAAACCAUGAAGACAGGUUUUGACUUCAACAUCAUGGUUGUAGGUCAGAGCGGCCUGGGAAAGUCAACCCUGGUGAACACCCUCUUCAAAUCCCAGGUGAGCCGCAAAUCUUCAGGCUGGAACAGGGAGGAGAAGAUCCCCAAGACAGUGGAGAUCAAAGCCAUUGGGCAUGUCAUUGAAGAAGGUGGCGUCAAAAUGAAGCUGACAGUGAUCGACACACCAGGAUUUGGGGACCAGAUCAACAAUGAGAACUGCUGGGAGCCUAUUGAGAAAUACAUCAAUGAGCAAUAUGAAAAAUUUUUGAAAGAGGAGGUGAAUAUUGCAAGGAAGAAACGAAUUCCAGACACGCGAGUGCACUGCUGCCUCUACUUCAUCUCCCCUACAGGCCACUCCCUGAGGCCUUUGGACCUGGAGUUCAUGAAACAUCUCAGCAAGGUAGUGAAUAUCAUCCCGGUUAUUGCCAAGGCUGACACCAUGACCUUGGAGGAGAAGACCGAAUUCAAACAAAGAGUGCGCAAAGAGCUAGAAGUAAACGGGAUCGAGUUUUACCCCCAGAAAGAAUUUGAUGAGGACUUGGAGGAUAAAACAGAGAAUGACAAAAUCAGGCAGGAAAGCAUGCCCUUCGCAGUAGUGGGCAGCGACAAAGAGUAUCAAGUGAAUGGCAAAAGAGUCCUGGGCAGGAAAACACCUUGGGGAAUCAUUGAAGUGGAAAACCUCACUCACUGUGAAUUUGCCCUACUUCGAGAUUUUGUCAUCAGGACCCACCUUCAGGACCUAAAAGAAGUGACCCACAACAUCCACUAUGAGACCUACAGGGCCAAGCGGCUGAAUGACAACGGAGGGCUGCCCCCCAUGACUGUUGAGACAGAGGAAAACCAUGAAAGUAACCUGUGAAUGACCCCUCUCACCCCGCUCUCACCUGAUGUCUCUGGAUAGGACAACCCACCCCUGCUACCCUUGACUCUACCAUGCGCCUGUCUCUAAAGCAUGUGGUGUGUUCUCCAUGUGCAUGAGAGGAUGUGAGCAUGAGUGCGUGUGUGCGUGUGCCCACCUGUGUGCCAGAGAGGGACCAAAGGUGUCUCCCCCAUCCUUCCCAGAGUAUUCUCAUUCUCUGUUUUUUUUUGCACAGCAGACUGUCUGUCAUCUUCCUUUCUCUCGUUUCUGUGUCUCAGCUGUGUGUCUUGCCUGGGGGAAACAGGGAGCGGGGGAAGGAUUUUGAGGGCAGGAGGGCUUAGGAGGUGGGAGGUGUGGUGCAUGCUGUGAUCCUGUUUUUAUCACUUGGAGACAUGGCAAGGAGAGACUCCAGGAGAGAUGGUGGAGUUGGUGCAUGCAGUGUCUUCAAGUGACAACAGCAGAGAUUUCUCUUGUGUCCUCAGUAGGUGGGAAGGUAGCUGGUUGGUCUGAGGGCAUGGUGGCCCAGCAUUUUAUCCUCAUUUCUUGCUGUGGCUUCCCAAGGAGAAAUGGCAGCUUGGAAGUGGAUAGAUAGGGAAAGUGACUGACAUGUUUUGUGGUUCAGGGGAAGUGACCUGUGGGAGGAGACAGAAUUAGUUCUUGGGCUGUAGCAUCUAUUUGAGAAACUUCAGAGUACUUGGAGAAAAUAGCCAUAUUUUCCAAAAGAAGCAACACCCAGAGGAAAAGAAUGUGUUCCUGCUGCAGAUGGUGCAACUGCCCUGCCCAGUGCUUAUGUCACAGGCUUUUGAUCCUGUGCAGAUCAGACCAAGCUGUCCUGAGGUCACCCCACCUCAUCCUCCAUUGCAGCAGUCUCUCUCCACCAGCACAGAGCAGAUCCUGGCCAGAGCGCAGGGAAGACAGUGCCAUGGGGGGUCCCUGCUAGGAGCUCCCCCAGGGUCAGUCCUGCUCGGCACAGGGCCUUCAGGAUCUUGGAAGAAUGAAGAGUAGCCAUGGAUCUUGGAGGAAUGCAAAGAGCACUGGGCCAAGGUGUCUCUCUGGGUCUUCAGUGGUGGUGGGAAUACAAGCAAUACCUCCUCCUCACUGAAACUGCUACUCCAGCAGUCUCAGCCUGUGCUGCUCCUCCACUCUCCUACUGCCCUCCCAGCUUCCAUGUCCUCCUCUCCUGUGUUUUUGUUCGCAUCCCUUUUAGCCCUCCAUAGCUUUAUUCCUUCCUUUCUUUCUCUGUCUCACUUUCUCUCCUCUCAACCCUUUCUGUCUCUCCUUCAUUUCUCUGAGUACUUGAAUCUUCCUCUUGUCCAGGCCAUUCCCUCCCUCUCCCAGCACUCACACCUCCUCCUUAUCAAUGUGCUUUUGUUGUGUUGGGUUAAGAAGCUGUUAUUCUACCUUCCCCUGGAGGGGACAGGGAAGGAAGGUAAAGACCCCGGAGCAGAAAGAGGCACAGCUUUACUCAAGACUAUAUGCUUGUUUCUAGCCAUUGUCACUUCUUUUCUGGAUGCUCCUGAGCCAGGUGGAAAGGGUCAGGGCAGAAGGGAGGACGGGAGAAAAUCACAGAUGUCCUGAGUUUGGCAGUGUCUGCCUGUCACCUAGCAUGUCACAAGGGGUUGUCACCUCCAG